CAGAGGCAGCGCUGACCGCCGGUUACUUCGAGUCCCCCUCAGUCAGUCAGUCAGUCGGGGUCAGCUGACGCGCGCUCACGGCCACACUCCUUUGCUCCGCUCCAUCGUCCCUCCACCUCGUCCACCCGAGCUCAUCGACGCGGAAAACCAAAGGGGCCACUUGAUGAAUAUUCAAAGUUUCCGUUCUCCUCGGCGGCUGACGAGCGGGGAGAGGUCGACGAGGGUGCUGCUCCACGUCUCCCAGACGCCCGGCGGCCACCGCACAGAGCUCAACUCGCUCGACAGAGGAUAAAUCGCCGGGGGAAACGAAUCCACCGUCCGAAAUUCGGCAGCCUCGUAGACUUUUCCUUUCUUCGAAUCCAACCUCGGGCGUGCGUCUCUCCUGGUGCCGCUCCCGUCGGAGCAUCGGCCAACAUGUUGCUCGAACACCCGGGGUCAAGUUGUCAAGGCACCGGGAAUUUCUCCCGGUACAGCUCGGGCCAAGAAAUCCCAGUGUGCGCAGGCUGCAGUCAGCACAUCGUGGACCGCUUCAUCCUCAAAGUGCUGGACCGCCAGUGGCACAGCAAGUGCCUGAAAUGCAGCGACUGCCAGGCGCAGCUGGCGGACAAGUGCUUCAGCAGGGGCGACAGCGUCUACUGCAAAGAGGAUUUCUUCAAGAGAUUCGGGACCAAGUGCGCAGCGUGUCAGCAGGGGAUUCCGCCCACACAGGUGGUGAGGAGGGCGCAGGACUUCGUCUACCACCUGCACUGCUUCGCCUGCAUCGUGUGCAAGAGGCAGCUGGCCACAGGUGACGAGUACUACCUGAUGGAGGACAGCAGGCUGGUGUGCAAGGCCGACUACGAGACCGCCAAACAGAGAGAGGCAGACUCGACUGCAAAAAGGCCACGAACAACCAUCACGGCUAAACAGCUGGAAACGCUGAAGAACGCCUACAAUAACUCUCCCAAACCGGCCCGCCACGUUCGAGAGCAGCUAUCAUCCGAGACGGGCCUGGACAUGCGAGUUGUGCAGGUUUGGUUUCAGAACAGACGAGCUAAAGAGAAAAGGCUGAAGAAAGACGCCGGUCGACAGAGGUGGGGCCAGUACUUCCGCAACAUGAAGCGCUCACGAGGAAGCUCCAAGUCCGACAAGGACAGCAUCCAGGAGGAGGGCAUGGACAGUGACGCAGAGGUGUCCUUCACAGAUGAACCGCCCAUGUCCGAGCUUGGCCACACUAACGGCAUCUACAGCAGCCUCAGCGAGUCCUCUCCAGCCAUGGGGGGCCGCCAAGGGGGCAACAACCACAGCUCCUUCCCGCUGGAGCAUGGCGUCCUGCCCUCUCAAGACCAGUUCCACGACAUCCGCUCCAACAGCCCCUACGGCCUUCCUCAGUCACCAGGGUCACUGCAGGCGCUGCCCAGACACCAGCCUCUCAUCUCCAGCCUGGUCUACCCGGACUCUGGCCUCUCUAUCAUGACGCAGAGCAGCGGGCCCGGGAUCAACCCUGCCGGGAGGGUCUCCAUGGGGGCAGCAAACGGACCCAGCUCGGACCUCUCUACGGGCAGCAGCGGAGGAUACCCAGACUUUCCCGCCAGUCCUGCCUCCUGGUUAGACGAAGUGGACCAUGGGCAGUUUUGAUUGGUCAUUGACAAGAAAUUGGACAGGUUUUUUUUUUCCUUUUUUCUUUUCUGUGUCUUCUGUUGGAUUUUAGGAAGUGGGCAGAGAUCGUGUAAAAGGACUAGACUACUAUCCUCGGCUUGGAUCUCACCAAUAUCAGAUUAACAGAAAUGAGCAAUUCAAUAACUUUGAUCUGGAUGGAUGGAUAAAUAUGCCCUUUGUUAAAAGCACUUGGCCUCACAGUUGUCCGUCAUUAGUAAAACAGUGUAAAACAAGGAAUCUGUACAAAGAGUUUCAGUUUUCAGAUACCACUAUAAGCUUUUUCAGAACAAUGUACAGACAACAGAGAGACUGAAAGAUUCGGCGUCAAUCAUUUUGAUCUUUACAGACUCGCCCUCUUCUCUUCCUCACCCUCUUCUGUUUUCUAAGGUGUGUUCAGGUGCAGAAUUCCAUUCAAAGAUCAGAGUCUUUAAAUGUCUGGUUGUUGCCAAAUGUCUACAUAUAUAUAAAUAUAAUGGUUUAUCAUUGUGGAGACUUUAUUUUUAUACAAACCCCUCCUCGGACACGAAUAAGAACCCAGAUAUGAGGACUUUGUACAUUCUUAAACAGGGAUAUAGGCAUAAUGUAGGUGUUGUCUUAAAUGGUACCUAGGGGUCCAAUUACGUCUAUGCAUUUGUGUGUUCUCAGAUGUAUCUCGUUCGUUUUGUUCAACUGAAAACAAACCCCAGAGGAAGAACUGCUGAAGCACCCCGGGGUCUGAUGUAUAUGUUUGUUUAUGUGGAAAAAUGUUUUGUCUUAUUUAUUCCUUCUGGUGAUGAUAAUGAUGCUGAUUCCUGAUUAAAUUACAGGACUUUAAUAAAUUUGUCACCUUA